GUGUCAUAAGCACAGCCCAACCGCAGUCUAUGGAAGAAAAAGGGUAACAUGUAGUUAGAUCGCUAGGCGUGCGACGAUGGAGCAAAACAUUGUACGUCCUUGCCACAGCAUUUCGUUCAGGAAUAAAACUGAUGAGCAUCUGCACGUGGGAGAGUGGGGAGGGGCUUGGAUUCGGCUCCCGCUGACUGACGCGCUUACGUACUGCAUAAGCAGCCGAGACACUGAAUGGGACGAGAGAUCGAAAGCGACAGAAAGUUUUCCAUUGCAGAACUGUGAGCCCGUGUUUGUGAGUAUCGGCUUCCCUCUGCGCUUUAUUGAUUGGAGCGGCAAUGUCACUUUCCGGCUCCCAGUCACCAGAAGAUGUCCUGCACGGCUCCUGGGUGGAGAUGGAGGGCACUUCAGCAAUGAUUGGCUGCAGUGAAAGCUUGACAGGACCACAGGGCACUGCUUCCUCCCUCCUGCAGGGGGAGCUAGAGAGGAUCCUGCUGGAGGCCCAGCUAGAGAGUGACAGAUACAGCCACACAGACAGCCCACCCCCGCAGGUCACCCCACGGUCAGCAGGCUCUCCUCGACCAGCCAGUGAGGGGAGCAGCAGUAUAGACUGCAUUACCAUACAGUCAGAGGAGGGCGAGAGACGGAUCAGUGCUGAGUGGGUGUGGGAUUGGUCCAGUCGUCCUGAAAACCUACCCCCCAAGGAGUUUGUGUUCCAGCGCCCGAAACAGACAAGCUCCCUCAGCGUGAGGAAGAGUGAGGUGAUGAAGAGGGGCCUCUUCUCCUCCGACGUGCCCCUCGUCCUAAUCCCCUCUCUCGUGGCUUCACACCUGCUCACUCUGGGACUCGGGAUUUACAUUGGCAAGCGUUUGGCUGCCUCCUCCACCAGCACGCUGUGACCUUUGACCCUGGGCAGCACCCCCACCAGCUGCCCUCUCUGCCAAUAGGAUUGUUCGCCUCAUUUUCUUAUUAUCAUUGCCCCUCCCCCGGUCUAUCCCCAUCUUCUUGGAGUUGGGGGAGUGGGGGGGUGGGGCUGAGAACCAUCCUGUUUUUGUAACUCUGUCUGUCUUUUGUCUCUGUCUGUAAGUCUGUUAAUCUCUUUCACUCCACUGCUGCCUCUCAGCAUGCACCGCCCCUCCUGAAACUCCCCUCCCCUCUGUGUUUCAAAGGUCGAAGGUCAGGGUUCAGUAUGGGUCACUCUGUACACCUCUCCCACUCUGGGCUUAAUCCAGAGUCAUGUCAGUUUCACAAUGGGAACAGGAAGUGGGGUGGGAAGGAAAGAGCAGGGGUGAGUGGAGGGUAGGAGGAGUGGGAAGUGGUAGAAAUUCACUGAGCAAAAUAAACAAAACUACCAAUCCCCAGUGAAGACAGACGGUUUUAGAGUUUUUCUCGGCCAAUGUAAGAUCCCUGCAGAUUGAUUGCUUCAGCUGGGGCAGGUUUCUCAAGAACAACGUUCGCAAUAAACGCAAUGCCGCGCGGAACGCUAAAUUGGCUCCAAAGUGAGAUCGAUGGACGGGGAAAGAGGGGGGGAGCGAGAGAAUCAGCAGGUUGAUUUAUAUCUGUCAGUCAAGGCUCGGGUGAGGCGGGAUCGCUCCCGGACGGGCGGGGGAUUCCUCCGUGUGAUGUGCAAAGCAUGAUGGAUCGUUUUCGUCCGCGGGUGCGACUCGGGGAGCGUCUCUGUUUCACUUACAGUUCCCCCGAGUUCGGUGGGAGCCCACGGAGCUGCAUGUAAACUGAUGUGAAUAAAGCUACUAUAAAGCA